GUCUGUGUGAAGUGGGACAUGGGACAAAGUCUGGGACAGUCCGACGACUGUCAGAAGUGUUUGUGAAAAAAAUAGCUCCAAAAUGGAUAAAAAGCGUGUAAAGGCCAAAAGACGUAAAGAUGAGUAUACGGGUCCAGGAGGUGUUGAGGAGGUUGUGGAGAAGCCUCCCAAUGAGGAAUAUUCAGUGGCCAAGUGGCUGAAGCGCAAUGUUCCCACGAAGAAGACCAAGUGUCUCAAUCACAAUGUUGAGUACUUCACAGCAUCCAAGGCCCUUGACGCCCUCAUGGAGUCAAAAUUCGCAAAGGGGGAUGCCCCUUUGUUUCCCACUCGAGAAGCUGCAAUUGAACUCCUGGACAGCAUGUUGGUGCACAAGUUUUUCCAUCGUGCCAAGAAGCUGCCCGUGACCGACGAGGAGCUCCGUGGACGCAAGAAAACCGACGACAAGGCCAAGAAACCACCGCCAGAGGAAAAGAAAGCACCCAAGGAGCCCCCGAAGGAGGCAGAAAAGGGAACAGAUGCCGAAAGUAGCCACGUGGAAUCCACAACAAAGUCCGAACGCGUGGAGAAGGAAAAGAAAAAACGCAAAAUUCGGUUGGAUAUGCAUCCGGAACAGGUCUUUGUUGACGGUUCUGAGGCUUAUGUCUGGAUUUAUGAUCCCAUUCCCCUUCACUAUUGGCUCUUUGGCGCUCUCAUGGUUGUCUUUGUGAUUGUCAUGUGUCUGUUCCCACUCUGGCCCACUCCGUUGCGUCUCAGUGUCUACUAUUUGAGUAUCGCAGCUGCUGGUUUCUUGGUCUUCAUCCUGGGUCUGGCAGUGUUGCGCUUCAUCGUUUUCUGCGUGGUUUGGGUGGCUACGGGAUCCAAGCAUCACUUCUGGCUGUUCCCCAAUUUGACGGAAGACGUUGGAUUCCUCGCAUCCUUCUGGCCACUCUACAAGCACGAGUACAAAGGCACUGGAGAGAAGUGCAAAAAGUGCAAGAAACAGCACAAGGACAAGGACAGUGAUGCUGAAGAUGAAACGUGUCCACUUAUCAAGCAGAAAAAGUCAGGGGGAAAGAGUGAGAAGGACGACGUAGAAGACAUCCCAUCGAAGACAGAAACCGAGACGAAGGAGGAAGCGUCUGACGCGAAGGAUAAGGGAGACCAUGAAGAAGGUGACACGAGGAAAAGCUCCUUGACUCCUUCUGAAAGUGAAUCCGAGAGUUCUCAGAGAUCUUCGACAGGGAAGGACUUUGAGAUUGUCGAUUCGACGGACUUGUCACCAGAAGCUCCUGAAUAAAAGGAGGCGGAAGGAGCAUAUUGGUGAGAAAAGAAACACAUUUAUUUAGCACAAGCAUUUCCAAUAUUAAUUAAAAAAACAACAAUAUUAGAAAAAAAGUUUUAAAACAGUGAGAAAAUGAAACAAAGUAAUUAUAAUAAAUAUUCUGCAGAUUUUAUCGAAGAAUUUUACGUUGAAAUCAAAUGAAACGUGAACAAAAAUCUUUAAUAGACUUUUAAAUGGAUUUUCAUUUUGUUUUUAUUUUCUGAUACAUUCACGCGGCUUUACUAGCAAAAAAGAAAAACAAACAAGCAAACAACUGAUAAGUAAAAGCCAGCAGAAGCAAAAUAUUUGGCAAGAAAAAAAAUUAGAGACAAUUUAAAGCUUAAUCUGGGAGCUUUUAUGCGACUGUGAGACUAGAAAAAAAAUCUCACUUGAGUUUAUUUAAAACAAUUUAUUUUAAUUUUUUUUGUUAAUAUUUGUCAGAUCGUAAAAUUUGAAAAGCAAACAAAAAAAAGGAAAAACAAGCUUCCGGAAAGUGGAAAAACUUUUAAAUUACUCGAGAGCUUUUGACUUUCUGCAACCCAAUUUUGAGAGGUUAUACAUUUUCUUUAUUCAAUUUAUAUUCCCAAAAUAAUUGUAUAUAGAAUAGUGAUUUGUUUAUAAUUAUUUUUUCCUUGGAAAAUUAUGAAGUUGAGUAACAAGAGAAAAACAACUUGCAGUUAGAGAAUCAGACACUUUGUUUACAGUACAGUGCAAUCUAAUUGAAAUUUAACCCUAAAGCGGACAAGAAACAAAAUGUGACACAAACGAGCAAGGCGACUUCAAUUUAAUCUUGUUACUGAAAUAUUUGGAGUUUUUUUCAAACGGAUUUGAUCGUUUUGGGCAUUCGGAAAAUUUGAAAUGUGUUCCGGAAAGAAAAUCAGAAAAGGUUAAUUGAGGUUAGGUGCUAUAUAAAAAAAAUCCUUUUCACGAUCGGAGCGCCCCUGACGUGAGAAUCUGGCGAAAUUUGAGAGUUCUUGAAAAGUGUAACAUGUUGAGAUUUUUCAGUGAAUAUUGAAUGUUUGAGUAAAAUACAAAUGUGAUGUCCUUUGUGUUCAGGAGACUCAUAGGGAUCCCAUGCAGCGUCGACCAAGGAUUAAUGGCAUGAAGUUGGUUAUUGAGAGGGCCCGGUUGCGCCAUUUCUGUAAAAUCGGACAUUGACGGCAAAUCGGUUGCGCUCUCUGUCUCCAACAACAUAGAGAUCUUAACCGUAGACUUUGAAAACUUCUCCGUAACAUCCGUUUAUAAGCCUCCGGGAGAGGACUUUCUCUUCUUGCAGCCGAGUAACUUUGCGACAUCUCCUGUCCGCUUUGUUCUCGGCGACUUUAAGUACCCAUUUAUAGCUAUGUAUUACGCCGACGUAAUACAACGUUCUAUUACGCCGAUGUAAUACACCAAUGUAUUAUGUCGGCGUAAUACAAGCUUCUAUUACUUCGGCGUAAUACGCCGGUGUAUUACGCCGAUGUAAUACAACGUUGUAUUACGUCGGCGUAAUACAGAGCUAUAAAUGGACUCUAACUGUCAGAGUACUCUCUGGGGCUACAGUACAACGAACACGGAUGGGGAAGCUCUGGAAGAAUGGUAUGAGGGCAAGGGGCUAACACUUAUUCAUGAUGCUAAAUUACCAGCAUCAUUUUACAGCGCAAGAUGGCGACAGGGUUACAAACCUAAUCUCAUCUUUGUAGCUGAUUAAAUAACCCCGUGUUGUCGCAAGUGCAUCUUGCCCCCUAUGCCUCACUCCCAGUACAGACCCAUUAUGUGUAAAGUAACGGCUACCGUAGAGCCUAGAGAUGUUCCAUUCCGUAGAAGGUUCAAUUUCUGUAAGGCUGAUUGGUAGAAAUCCAUUUCAGAUGUUGACACGGCUGUGGGAGGUAUCGAUCCGAAACCAGAGAAUUAUGCCCUAGAUACACUUACGACUUAAGCCGCGAGACGACUUAGUGGAAAAUGAUGGAAAUGUAGUUUGACUAUUAUUUCUCAUAUAAUUACGCUAAGCCGUCUCUCGGCUAAUCCUCAGGUCUAUCAAGGCCCUUAUGGGCGGUUUGUGAAGACUGUUAAAGGGAUAUGUCGUGUUAGCUACAUUCCGGGACUUUGAAUCGGGCCCAUUUGGUGACGCUACGAUUGAGCUUGGUGGUGCUUUGGCUGACGUAGUAUCGGAGAGUCGUCAGGAACGUUGGGUGUCUACUGUUCAGGGUCUUAAUCUCACUCACAGCAGUUAUCAGGCCUGGAGAUUGAUACUACCCAUCGGUAACGACCCCAACACCGACAAGACUCUUCCAUAAGUCACUGCAAACCAAAUCGCUCAUCAAUUGCUCUUGAAUGGCAAAGUUCGUAAGACCGCCACUAAUUCAAAAAUAAUUCGGAAUGUCGCCUCCGACGUCGAUCGCCUGUCCGCGCCUUUUCGUGAGGACAAGCUUAGUUUGGUUAUUAAAACGAUGAAGAAUUGUUGUGUCUCAUUUGUUGUUGCUGUGUUACGGCGUCGACUGUUGACAUUGGUUACGCUGGGAUAAUAUUUACUCUUUCGUUUGUAAAACGGAGGCGAAACUACUAUUAUAGCCCCCAGCGCAUGCAGGGAGGGCCACCCGAAAAAAUCAAAUUGCGUGGAUUUCGAGAUGCGUGCAGGCUGUCAACUUCCUCCCCUGGAACUGCUCCUGAAAUUGCCAAGCCGCAGGUUAAAGUCGAGGAGACCAUCCUCAACGAGUGUGGACUUCUGUCUGGAACAGAAAUGGAAGGAGAUCUGGAGUAGAGCCGCACCAGUCAAUGGUCACUUGGUCCGGGACCCAACCUCUCGAGUUCCAAGCUUCGACUUGCGCUGCCGCGAGUGGGCAAUGUUAAACAGGUUCCGCACUACGCAAGAAAGAUGUGCCUAUUUGCUUCACAAAUGGGGAAUGGCUGAUUCUCCAGAAUGUGACUGCGGUAGUGCAUUUCAAACGAUGAGCCACAUCGUGAACGACGGUUUAAGGCGAGGCUUUGUGGGUGGACUUGGUAGUCUGGACCGUUUACCUCAAGCGGCUCACGAUUACUUAAGACACUUAGAUUUAAAUCUAUGACAACUCAGAAAGGCUAUUUGUUCCUAUGUCUUGUAAUCUUGUAAAAGAAGAAGAAGAACAGAAAGGCAGCAGACAUUGAUGGCUUGUACGCCGGAAAAAUAAAAAAAAACUGGACCAGUCACUGUUGACUGGAUCCUCAGACUCACAACAACGAUCCAGACAACCAUCCGAGGAGCUAGCGUCCUACUUUUCUUCUAUGUCAUAUUUUCGAAAUGUUUGAAAGUAUGCACCUGCCUUAGGGGACAAGCUGAUCCGAGUGCAAGCUAGAUACCGCUCUGGAAAAUCCAGCUCUGGUCAAGUUUUGAACUUCACUCAAUUCAUUGAGGAUGGGUUUGAGGAAGGCAAUAUUACAGGUGUUGCCUUCGUUGACCUCUCGGUAGCCUUUGACACAGUAAACCAUAGAAUUGUCCUUUCCAAGAUCUACAAUCUUGGUUCUAGCUGCUAAAACAAACACGUUUCAUGACGUAGAGUCCCAGCUUGAAGCCUGUCUUGUAGAAUUUUCAAAAUUCUACAAGGGGAAUCAACUGAAACAGGGCCUUUUACAGUGCAGUAGCGUUUAAACGCAAUGGUUUCCAACUUAAGAAGUCGAUGUGUAAGGACAAGCGGCGUAGCGCAAUCGAGAGACUACAGACGGCGAUGGGGAUUCUCCGAAUGCGGGGGGAUCCAAACCACCCUCACUUUUCUGCUUGUGCGUUGUCCGCUGUCUCAUGCGAAAUAGGGAAUUUGAUGUCGACAAGUCUGCUUGCCGUUGACGUGGCCCGUUUUUGGGCAAGACAUGUUGGCUCCGUUCAGUAAUAACCUUUCGAAGAGACAAAGCUACACCAAAGCCAAGCUAAAUUUAUUCCAAAAUCUACCGGAAGCCUAAAGUGCAAGUUCACGUACUCCCGCUUUAGCUCUGAUUGUUCUGCCAUUUCGAAUUUCGCUAUUUUGGACAUUUCAAUCGUAAACGUCAACCGUGUGCGAACGUUUGCAGCAAAAAGUGAAUUUUUGUGUAGUUUUGUAGUAUAAGUUCUCUCUGACACACCUUCAAAUCGGUAAAGGAAAAACCUCAAUCGGGAAGGUUAUUACUGAACGAGAGUAUUUAAUUUAACGAUUAAUAAUAAUAAUAACUAACAAAUUUAAUUAUUCUUUAGAUAUUUCCAAUUCGAGGUUCAAUUUUCAGUAAAAAGUGAUUAAAGUAAAAAUGAAAUGGUCUUCUGUUAGUUUCGUCUCAGUCUUACUGUCAGUUAACACUGUGUCAACUGUCAACUGUCAGUUACAGAGCUCCUAGCGGAUUUUCAAUUAAACUUUCAUACGCUGCUGAGUUCUGUCAACAUAUUUCAUAUUUUCAAGUCCUAAGUGAUCAAAACCGAUUAAUAAAGUACAAUCAAAUCAUUGGCUACUUCUACAAAAUACUUUCAACCUCUUACAGCUCAGGUAAGGGUUCUCUUGAAUCCUCUAAAAUCGCCCUUGCUCGUUUGAAGGUCAACCAUUUAUAUUCCAUGCAGUAUUCCCAAGUAAAAUUAAAUCAAAUAUCAGCCAUAUUCCAUUUAAAGGGAAAUUUUUAAAUAAAAUAUUGUAAAAUAGAGAGAAUCUCAAAUUCAAGGAUAUAACAUAACCUCAGAGAGACAUUAUCGUAUAAAAUUGUUAGGAAGAAAUUGGUAGUUCUGUGUAAAAAAAAAGAUGCUUUAAAUCCCUUUAUUGUAGUAGAAAAAUUGUAAUGCGAGUGUUUUUCAUGUUGAACAGAGAAUUGUGUAAAGAAAAAUAAAUAAAAUGCGAAAAGUUCAAUUUCAAGUGAAAGAUGAAAAAAGAAGAAGAAGAAGAAACUUCAAUGAAAUUUGUCUCUAUCGCAAUUUUGUUGCACUGUACUGUGUUUGUUGUGAAGAUGAAGGACAGAAAGUGUAAUCUAUAUUUAUUUAUUAUUCCUAAAUGAAAUACAAAAAAUAUAUAUAUUAAAUAGUUGUAAGAUAAUAAGAGAAAAAACACACAAAAAAAUAAUGAUUAAAUAUUUACGGUGGUUAAAAUCGUCUUAAAAAAAUAAUUUCCUGUGUUUUUUUUUUUUAAAUAUUUUUCUCUGUACCCGAUUUUUUUCUUUACCGCGCCGCAGGAUAAUAAAUAAUUUUUUUUUGGCGUCAGAGGCAUGAAAAUGAUUUUCAUUUUCCAUCUCUUUGUUUCCUAGCAAAUAGAUAUAUUUUAGCGAGUAGAGAAAGAAUAAAAAGAGAAAAAGAUUAAUAAAACAUUGUCAUGCAUGACA